GAACUUUCCGCCAAAUUCCGCAGCGACGCCUCUUCAGCAGUGCUCUUCCAGUUGGAACGUGCACAUCUGAGCAUUUAAUUGCUGAGGAAGCUCCUUGUUGUCUCGCACCGGACUCUGUUUUGAUCAAGGUCGUGGGUUUCAGUUUUCACGGUUGAAUUACGAGAGGAUUGGCUGGGAGCUGUGAGCAAUUGGAGUGGAGAGAGAGCGUGAGAGCUAGAGAUGGAAGGCGAUGGCGUUGUGGCGGUGUACUGCGACAAUGGAAAAGGGUUGUCGGAGAACAACAACAAGAAGACAGUCUCGUAUGCUGUGAAGGUUGGAUUGGCACAAAUGCUGCGCGGCGGAGUGAUCAUGGAUGUUGUGGAUGCCAAUCAGGCCAGGAUCGCUGAGGAAGCAGGGGCAGUGGCCGUCAUGGCUCUGGAGCGCGUGCCGGCUGACAUCCGUGCGGAGGGUGGUGUGGCCCGCAUGAGCGAUCCCUCUAUGAUCAAGGAGAUCAAGAAGGCCGUUACUAUUCCUGUUAUGGCGAAGGCUCGAAUUGGGCACUUUGUGGAGGCUCAAAUCCUUGAGGCAAUCGGUGUAGAUUACAUUGAUGAAAGUGAAGUCCUGACACCAGCUGACGACGUAAACCACAUUAACAAGCACAACUACAGGAUUCCAUUUGUGUGUGGAUGCCGUAACCUGGGAGAGGCUUUGAGGCGAAUUGCGGAGGGUGCCGCUAUGAUCAGAACCAAGGGAGAGGCUGGCACUGGUAAUGUUGUGGAGGCUGUGAGGCACACGAGAUCAGUGUUGGGUGAGAUUCGGCGAUUACAGAGUCUAGACGAUGACGAAGUUUUUACUUUCGCCAAGCAAAUUGCUGCACCUUACGAGCUUGUCAGGCAGACCAAGCAGCUUGGAAGACUUCCAGUCGUCAAUUUUGCAGCUGGAGGAGUAGCCACCCCUGCAGACGCAGCUCUGAUGAUGCAACUCGGAUGUGAUGGAGUGUUCGUUGGUUCAGGGAUUUUCAAGAGUGGUGAUCCUGUGAAGCGCGGACGCGCCAUUGUGGAAGCUGUUACACACUACAACGAUGCACACAUGCUUGCCGAAAUGAGUGAAAACCUUGGUGAAGCAAUGGUGGGCAUCAAUUUAAGUGACAAAAAGGUCGAACGUUUCGCUGCCAGGUCCGAAUAGAGAGAACACUACUGGCUAUACUUGUCAUUGCCUAGUAUUUCUUUUUAUUUUUCAGAACUUGUGCUAGCACGUCCAUAAGAGACAAUGCAAUGUACAAUUUUUUUAAAAAUCUUUGGGAUCAAGGUUGGAUCUUUCACAGUCUCCACCUUUGGUUGAUUAGAAGAAAUUGUGGUCGCUUUUCUUCUCCACAUUGCCUUC